CCGGAAGCGCUACUGUGUGACGUCAGACCACCAAGCGGAUAUGUUUAGGUAGCUAUCAGCUAUCGUUAGCGUCUCGCUUUCCAGAACUUUCUACAUCUUUAGUGUGCGACUAUUGAGAAGCGAUGGCAACUAUCAGGAGUUUUCCUGACGAGGACCCAAAUAAAGCCCUCGAGGAGCUAAAAAAGACUCCGGGAGAGGAAGCUGAUCGCGCUGAUUUGCUCUGUCAGCGAGCUAAUGCGAAUAUACAACUGCAAGAGCGCAACAGAGCACUCGAUGGUGAUGAGAAGGCCCAGCAGCUGCAGCCAGAUUCGGCACCUGGAUGCUUAAAAACACGGCAUGACUGGUACCAGACAGAGUCUCAGGUUGUAGUGACCAUCAUGAUGAAAAAUGCCAAGAAAGACGACGUGUUUGUGAACUUCAGUGAGAAGCAGCUGACCGCUGUGGUGAAGCUUCUGUCAGAAGAUGAUUACUGCCUAAACCUUCAUCUUCUGCAUCCGAUCGUCCCAGAACAGAGCACCUUUAGGAUCCUUUCAACAAAGAUCGAGAUCAAGAUGAAGAAAACCGAGGCUAUCCGGUGGGAGAAACUGGAGGGAGAAGGGGCGCUUCCUAAUGUCAAGCACUUCACACCUAACCAGUAUCCAUCAUCCUCCCACUACACGCGCAACUGGGAUAAAGUUGUGGUCGAGAUCAGUGAGGAGGAGAAGAAUGAGAAGCUGGAGGGAGAUGCUGCACUUAACAAACUCUUUCAGCAGAUCUACUCGGAUGGUUCGGAUGAGGUGAGGCGGGCUAUGAACAAGUCCUUUAUGGAGUCAGGGGGCACAGUACUCAGCACUAACUGGACAGAUGUUGGUAAACGUAAAGUAGAGAUGAACCCACCUGAAGAUGUCGAGUGGAAGAAAUAUUAAAGGACUACUAUCAUCAGAUCACUUUUCUAAUGCUUUCCUUUAUUCGAUCAUUAUUCAUUUACACUGGGCACCAUUCAUACAGACUAUUCCUGGAAAUUCAUUAAAUGCUGUUCAAUCUUUUUUUUUUGAGUGUUUUUUAGAGUCUGAAUCACAAAACUAAAUGACUAAAUUUGAGUUUUAUGUAUGUUUAAGUGUUAUCUGAUGGCCAUGUAAUAUUCGGAUGUAUCUAAAGAUAAAUAUAAUGAACACCCUGUAAAUAAAUACUUUUGGUCUAAAGCGA